AUGCAAAGCCCCAGAUCGCCGUCAACUCCCGGUGUGGAGAACGAGAGUACUGCCCAGAAGAACCCUUUGGAGGUUUACAUCGAAUACCUGGACAAGUUUCGAGACCAUCUAACAUGUGUUUGGCCCGUCGUCAACGUGGAAUCCCUAAAGUCCCGGAUCAGUGGUUCGCUGGAUGAUCACGAUGCAUGGGCAUUAUCUGGAGCCAUCUGUGCUACGGUAAUUGCUCAGCUACGACUAUCUCAAUUGCGGCUUUCCAAGCAGCAUAACUUGGUCUCAGAUGACAACAGCAUUGCGGAAAGCUUUGCACAUCAUGCUCAACUCUCGCAUAAUCUGAGCAAUCAGCAUCAUCAAAGCACUUACUACAAGGAAGACACGACAGACUCUUUACUGACUGCGUUCUUUCUACACAUCUACUUCGCCAACACAGAACGCAUCAGGCUAGCCACGGUAUACUUACAUGAGGCAAUUGCUCAAUUGCAUUUGCAAAGCCUACACCGUCCAGAGAUCCUAGUCAGCCUCGCAGACGAACAAAGAGAAUUGCUAUUGCGGAUCUUCUGGUUGGUGUUUGUAACUGAGAGGACAUUCUGCGUGCAGAACUGUUUCCCACCAUGCCUCAAGCCAAUCCAGACUUUCCCGCUCUCCGGAUUUCACAUACAAGGAGCCGGCGAAGUGGACGCUUCCUUCCAACUCCUCGCUCAACUCUUCACUCUACUCGACGAUAACAUCGUCAUGGCGGCAGACAGAGGGGGUGUCACACCCGGCUCCAGUAAAGCCGACAAUCUCUACAGCGCCCUUUCGGCCAUGGCCAAGCAGGACUUCUCGACCCUGGCCCCCAACCUCCCAGAGACCCAGCGAGUGAACGUGCUGAUGACGGGGAACUGGAUCCACAUACUCUGGUGGCAGUUUGCUCUGAGCCACUACCAGAUGUCUAGCCGCAUGGAUGAUGCAAUGCUCUCCAUGCUGAAGCCUGCCAAGGUUGCCCACGAGGCCAUGCGCCUGCUCGGGUCUGUUUCCCAGCAGGCCAUUCGGACCCACGGAUAUGGCCUAGAGCUGAAAGUAUUCCGUAUUGCCGAUGCUCUCAUCGACAUCCUAGCUUGUAACACGUGGUUGUCUAGCUCCCUACAGCCCGGAUGCAAUAGUAUGCUUCUGGGGGCCAGAGAUGUACUGCAUUCUCUUCAGAAAGCACUUUUGCUCAUUGGUGGGCCGGAGUCUUUAUUUCACAAGAAGUUGAUGCUGGUUAUGGCCGAAUCACAAUUACCGGUGCCGAAUGUCAAGACUUUGACGCCCUGCGAGGAAGAAGAACGCGUUGAGGAUUCGUAG